UUACACUGUUUUAUUUUAUUUCUUUGUCUAUCUUUUUAUAAACUAAAAAGAUUAUUUUACAAUGAUCAUGAAAAAUAGGUUUAAUGCCUACAAGUAUUUUCGAGGAGAUGAUUUAGUGCUUGCAAUUAAUUUGGCAGCUGGUUUAAGUAUCUUUUUCUUUGGUUAUGAUCAAGGUGUCAUGAGUGGUGUAAAUAUCUCGCCUGAUUAUAUCAAUAUCAUGGGCCUUCAUUCGAACGAAGCUUUGCUAGGUGGUGUUGUUGCUGUAUAUUACUGCGGUACCUUGAUUGGCGCUCUCAUGGGCGGUUGGAUUGGUGAUAAGAUUGGUCGAAUCAAGACUGUCAUCUUGGGUUGUGCUAUAGGUAUUCUGGGUGCUGUUUUGCAGACAUGUGCUCAAAAUGUUGCCUGGAUGAUUUGUUCUCGCAUCAUUACAGGUAUUGGAACCGGUCAUUUGAACGCUAUUGUGCCUGUGUGGAGUGCUGAAACCUCACAUCAUACCUCUCGAGGUAAAAUGAUUGCUAUGGAAUUUACUUUGAAUAUCCUGGGUGUGGUUGUAGCAUAUUGGCUGGCGUAUGGCCUAUCGUUUAAUGACAAUAGUUUCCGUUGGAGAUUUCCUAUUGCUUUCCAACUUAUCCCGCUCGUUAUACUUGCGAUUGGUAUCAACUUCUUUCCCGAGUCGCCUCGAUGGUUAUUGAAAAAGGGACGUACAGAGGAAGCACUCGAGAUAUUAGGAGCGCUCCGUGGCAACGGAGAUAAAGACCACCCCGAAGCUCAAAAGGAGUACAAUGAGAUUAUUUCCGCCAUUCAAGCAGAGGAAGAUGAAGGAGGAGAACCAGGUUAUCUCAGUAUGAUCUUGGUACGAGACAAGCUGAAUAUUCCUCGUCGUGUUCAUCUUUCGGUCUGGUUACAAAUCAUUCAGGAAUUGACAGGUAUUGGCGUAAUUACUGUGUAUGCACCUCUUGUCUUUCAAAGCGCUGGGUUUUCAACACAGACAUCCCAACUCUUAUCGGGUAUCAACAAUGUGACCUAUAUGUUGUCUACGCUAGUGGCGGUAUUCACCUUGGAUAAAUGGGGCCGACGAUUUACCUUGUUUUAUGGCGCAGUAUGUCAGGGUAUCUCGCUGAUCUUGGUGGCCGUGUUGACAAAGCCUGAUAUCAUGGCACAAAACCCUCGAGGCUAUGGUAUUGGUGCCACAGUGUUUACGUUUUUGUAUACAGCUUUCUUUGGUAUGACAUGGCUGACGGUCCCAUGGCUUUAUCCGGUAGAGAUCUAUCCUACCAAGGUGCGAGCCAAGGGAGGAGCAUGGAGUGUGGUGGGUUGGUCUAUCGGUAACGCACUGGUGAUGGAAGUCACGCCUUACAUGAUUGCCAGUAUUGGUUGGAUUACUUUUCUGAUCUUUGGUGCAUUUAACUUUUUAGCUAUUCCAAUUGUAUGGGCGUUGUAUCCAGAGACUAGCAACAAGACAUUAGAAGAAUUAGAUGUGGUGUUCUCUACGAAAUCUUUACUUGUCUGGAACGCAGAAAAGGAGUUGGCAGAAAUGAAGCUUCGAAAGGAUCCCGUGAUCAAAGAAAAGAAGGAUUCAACUAGUAGCUUUUCGUCCGACUAAAAAAAAUAAUAUAAUAUUUGUACAUAUCUAAAAUUUCACUAAUAAAAAAAAAAAAAGUGGUUUGGACACGCGUGA